AUGAGUGACGACGCACUUUUUCUUUUCCUCACUACGAGUAUUAUCUACUUUAAAGAAGAAGAAGAAGACAGAAGUGAUAAAGAAGAAGUGAUAAAAGAUAAAACGAGUAUCAACAUCAUGACGCAGAAACAACAAACAACAAUAUCGUUACAAGUGAAGAACUUAUCGUACGCGUACCCGAUGGAACCGUCCGAAAUUAUUAAAGAUUUCACGUUGGAACUUCCCAAAGGCAGUCGAUGUUUACUCUCCGGCGCGAACGGCGCUGGGAAAUCGACGCUUUUACAAAUUCUCGCCGGGAAAACUAUGGUCGCGGAAGACAAAGUUCGAGUGUUGGGACGACCUCCGUUUCACGAUUUCAACUUGUCCUGUUCCGGCGAGUUAUCCUAUUUAGGCUCGCAGUGGCGACGAAACGUAGGCAGCGCGGGCGGAGACGUGCCGUUGGCGGGUGACUUUCCCGCGAGACAAAUGAUAUUUGGCGUCGAAAACGUAGACCCUGAAAGAAGAGAAAGACUGAUUAAACUGUUAGAUAUUGAUUUAGAUUGGUCGAUGAUGGCGUUAUCGGACGGCCAAAGACGACGGGUGCAAAUAUGCUUAGGCUUGUUGAAACCGUACGAGGUGCUCUUGUGCGACGAAAUCACGGUAGAUUUAGACAUUUUAGGACGUCUCGAUUUGUUAAAGUUCUUCGAAGAGGAGUGCGAGGAGCGAGGGGCGACGAUUAUUUACGCCACGCACAUCUUUGAUGGCAUGCACGACUGGAUGACGCACUUGGCGUUCAUUUCAAACGGCGAGUUGAAAUACGGCCAAGGCGGCAGAAAGGAAGACAUUGAGGAAAUAAAAGGCAUCGACCAUUUGUUAUCGACGAUCGAAGAUUGGUUGAGAGUAGACAGAGACGAGACAAAGGCGAGAAAGUUACUCGAAGGUCCGAAAAAACGUGUCGACCCGUACGCGCAUUUCGGGAGCAGGCAAAUGUCAUACUACGGAUGUUAA